AAACCUGUACUAUCAUACAAACCUAUACGAUCAUACAAACCUGUACUAUCAUACAAACCUACCUGUACUCUCAUACAAACCUAUACUAUCAUACAAACCUGUACUAUCAUACAAACCUAUACUAUCAUACAAACCUGUUCUCUCAUACAAACACCUGUACUCUCAUACAAACCUGUAUUCUCAUACAAACCUUUAUUAUCAUACAAACCUGUACUCUCAUACAAACCUGUAUUCUCAUACAAACCUGUACUCUCAUACAAACCUGUACUCUCAUACAAACCUGUACUAUCUUACAAACCUAUAUUUUCAUACAAAUCUCAAUAG